AUGUUCAAAGUUGAAAAUAACGAGCAAUGUAUUGGGAAUGCUCCAUUGGUAAACGGGAGCGAACGCCUUAUUGUUAUUUUACAUGGAUAUUCAGGCAGUCCCAAUAGUGAUGAAAUGGUAGUGUUAAGAGAUGAAUACUUAAGAGGACCAGAAGACUGCAACGUCAUAAUGGUAGAUUAUUCGAAAAUCGUCAGUUCAGAAAAUGGUUUUGUACGAUCAAUCUAUAUACUUCCAUCACUUAGCGAACAUAUUGCAAAACUGCUUAUAUCAUUGAUGGAGAUACGUAAAGAGAUUACUUAUUUUCACGUGGUCGGAUUCAGUAUAGGAGCUCAUAUUGCUGCCUUAGACCCGCUGAAACUGCUACUUAGUAAUGUUAAUGUUGAAAUAAGCCCUUCGUCCGCCAAAUUCGUAGACGUUAUACAUAGCAAUGAUGUGAUUGGUAUUAGUAAGCCAAUUGGAACUGUUGAUGUAUAUGUUAACGAUGGAAAAAAUCAACCGGGGUGUCACACAGAUUGGUGUUGUCAUAUGGUUUCAGUAUAUUUGUUUGCCGCGUCGAUCAACAGUGAAAAAUAUAGGGCCACAUUUUGUCCGGACUUUAAAAAAGAGGCUAAUUCAAAUAAAGAUUGUCAGACUUGUCAACAGAUGUACUAUGAGUUUUCACAAGAUCAUUUCAAUGAAUUAAUAUUGUUAUGUGGCGCAAAAGAUCAAUUUUACAAUCCAUCUAUAACAGUUGGAGAACAUAUACCUUUGAGGUACCUAUAA